CGGGCGGCUCCCGAGACCUCGGCCGGCCCCGGGGCCCUCCACGCCAGACCUGGCUCGGGGUGGGAGGACAGGGGCAACCAAAAAGGAACCCAGAACUCGCCGCACGGCCCAGGGCGCUGUCAGACAGGGCAGCACCCGGGAGAUCCCGGGGCGACCACGCCUGCAGGAAGCCCUUCUGCGGACCGAAAGAUCAUUCCCACUGCUGUGAAAGGUGAUGAGACUGUUGCCAACCCUCUGUUUUGAGGUUUUGGCCUCUUGAAGUAUCUAAGUCAAAAGAGUACUUUCAGAAGAAAACAGACUGGGCGGUUAUCAGGAUCUGAAUGCACAGGGCCGGUGUUCAGCAAACAUUUACUACGUUGAACGUGACCUCCAGGAAAGCAGUUCUGGCCCAGAUCCCCUGACUACACAGAGGAAGAAUUAACGUGGAAGGAGGCUUUCCAAGCAGGCCAUUGUGCUGCUGUGUGUGGAGGUCCUUCCCAAGUGGCUCCACCUUCAUGAAAACUGCCCUGAUGUUCUCCAUGAGCUCGCCCUCCAUCCUCAGUGGCUGAACCCAGAGGGGCCCCUGAUGCUUGUCUGCUCCCUGCAGGAUCAACAUGACCGCUGGCACAGAAUAGUUGGUGAACAGUUGUGGUGGCAGUGUUGUCUAAUGUGAAUCAGGAAAGCUGUGCUGUCGGUGGCAUGCCCAAACCCAAAGCUGGAAGAGGAAUAAAUUACAAGUGGUCAAGGUUGCAUCCUUUGGAACCCAGGACCUGCUAGUGAGCCAAGAGGGCUCUCUGCGCGAAUCUAGCCAAGCACCAUGGAGAGAAUCAGCGCCUUCUUCAGCUCUAUGUGGGACACCAUCUUGGCCAAACACCAAGAAGGUAUCUACAACACCAUCUGCCUGGGAGUCCUCCUGGGCCUGCCACUCUUGGUGAUCAUCACACUCCUUUUCAUCUGUUGCCAUUGGUGCUGUAGCCGAACAGGCAAGAGGGGCCAGCAGCCGGAGCAGAAGAAGAAGAAGAAGAAGAAGAAGAAGAAGAAGGAUGAAGAAGACCUCUGGAUCUCUGCUCAACCCAAGCUUCUCCAGAUGGAGAAGAGACCAUCACUGCCUGUUUAGUUAGGCAGGAAGCAAAGGUGUCUCCUCUCUGGGGCUAAGACUCCUUCUGACCACACACAGAUAUUUCAGGAACCCAUGAAAUGAUGCACUUAGGUCCACUUAGGUAACUACUCAACCAAGGAACAAACCUCAGACUAAGUGUCCAGUGGAGGGCAAUCCCAGGGGGCAGGUGGACAAUUCUUGGGUACUGCUUGGCAGCUAUGUGUCCAAUAGCAGUGCUCCUUACUGCAGACCCAGGGAUGACUCCUACCUGUCUCUGACAUACCCCAUAUGCAAAAGCACAAAGAACAUUUAUCCAUACAUCUCGAUACAGUUCCUAAGUGUGUGCACAUGUACAUAACGCACACAGAAAUUCAGGCAACAGGUACAUGGGCAAGUAUAUUCUGCUCACUAAAUGGUUAUUGGCUAUGUACUUUGUGCAGGGAAGUACAUUAUCUACAGUCACAAAAAUGUCUCACGGGAAAGCCUAGCCAGAUUCAGACACAUAUAUACAAUUACAUAACCAGCAAGGCUCCCCAUACACCGUCUAUUCCAUAAACCACUCAGGUUAGAGAUGCAUGCUUUCCUAUUUCUAUCUCUACACAUAAACUUUUACUAGAAGUACCCAUAAUUGGACAUUCCAGCAACCUGCUACAGUCCCCACCCCUGUGCGUCUUGAUACAAACACACCAAAUUGCUGUGUCUCUGACCCCUCAACUGUGCCAAGAUGUUUAAAGAGUGAUGGAUCAAAAUUCAUUGAAAGCACUUUUUCUUGUAAUUCCUGACAAGGUCCGUCCUCAUUGCCACUGAGAGGUGUUUAAGGUGGUCCAAGACCUCUCUUUGAAACAUGACCCUCCCCAAACCACUCAGCAAAGUGCCUUUCUCCAAGCAAGAACAAAGAGCUCUUGGUAGUGACUCCUAGAAAGCUAUGGAAGCCCACUCAGUUAUGUCAGUGGACUGCAAUUGUGUACCUGUGCAACGAAUGUUUUACAGAUGGAAAGGGUAAGGAGGUGCUACACCUGAGCUAGGUACCUCCUGUGUAACCAGAGUUUCCAGCAGGGAAAGGACUAGACAAUCAUCAGUACAGUCUCACAGAAGGCCACACUGGAAGUGAUGUCAUAAGGUGGUAAUGGGUGUAUGGUAUGGCACAGGUGGAAUGCAGAGGUAACAAAGUUUCAAUGAAAGUAGGAUGAAACCAUAAAGAGGUUUAUUUAUAUUUAUCUUGAAGCUCAGGCAAGUGCCUUGCACACAGUAGGUUCUUAGAACUGUCUGUGGUUACUGUUGGACAUGUGAUGUUGCUAAGGGUAAGCUUGUAAUACCUCACACCAGCUCUCCCCAAGUGACCUUCUCUUCUAAGUGAGCCCACUAAUUGCUGCAAUGGAUGAAAUCGAGUGUUUAAGGCUGCAAGAGAGUGCAUGUAGGCGACACGUGUGCCCUGAGGUAUGUGAGGACGUGUCAAUUAGAUCCACAGUGAGCUGAGGAGGGCUUUCCCUGCCAGACCGAGGUUGGGAAGCAGAGUUAAUCCACUUACAGGAUGAACUGGUUGGUAUUUUGACUGUAUUGUGACUAUGGCAAAGAUGGACAGUUCACACCUUGGGAGCAAGUUGUGUUCUAAAAGUUUAUUUGCAAAUAUACUAGGAAGCUCUCUUGAAAUAUUUUCCCAUUUACUCUACACAGUGGCAAAAUCGCUAAUUAAUAAUAUAGGUAAACUAUGACAUUUAUAGUAGCAAAAAACUAAAUUCUAUAAAAUUACAUUAAAUGAAAUUUGCUGCUGAGUAAAUGAAAGCAAAUACUGUUGGCUCACUUGGGCCGUCUGGUACUCACCUGCCCUCCAGGUGUACUUUAGGCCUGUGGAGGGUGGCAUCUAGUGGUGACCCUUGCACCAGGGUUUUCUAACAGAUGACCCUGUGAAUCAUAAUUCAGACCUGCAUAUAUUUUAGAGCCAGUCACAUUUGCCCUCUCACUCUAUAUGGCCAUAAACUGCCUAAGCACUCAGGCCUCCUACUCAUCAACCCCUUUGACCAGAGAAAGAAGCAGUCUGGUUCUCUAUCCCCUUGUCACAGAGAGAGUUUGUCAUGGAGCCUCUGCCUGUGCCCUUCACAUAGCAGAAUCACUGUCAUCUACCUGCACCAAACCCAGAUAUGUGGGAGAUGUCUCCCCACACCUCCCACUGCCCACCAGGACAAGCUGCCCUUCCUGUCUCCACCUCUCAGUCCCCCUAAUAUGGGUGGCCAGGGAGAUGUGGAGGCUGACAGCUGAGACGUGGUGUCAGAUGUGAUCUAGGAGGAAGGAUCACCAGGAUCCGGGACCACACAAGUAACAUGGUUUCCAUGGCAACUGCUUGCUCCUUUGAAUUAAGACAGCAGUCAGUUGUCAUUGCCAUGACAAGGCCUCUAUCUCCAGGCACAGUGUCCCUGAUGUCUCCUAAUCCAACGGACUGGCUCUCACUGCAGGCAUAAAACACCCAGAAACUCACUCUCAGUCACUUCCACAGCCGAUGACUCAGAAGAAGCAAACCCAGAAUGGGGCUUCUCUUUUCCCCACCACAGCCGCCCUGACAACCUUUCCUGGCAUACCUAGAGGAGUGCCAACGCAGGAUAGGCCCGAAAAUUUUUGUUAAAUAAACAGGUGCAUGAAAGGAGCGAACAAACAAGGCGAUUGUUGGUGUCCACUCUCUUCUUUCCACUUCCUUCCCAUCUUUCCAUGUUUUAUGCUUCUCUGAUUCCCUCUUCUGCCUG